AUGGAUAAGAUGAGCAAAUGUGUCGAGGAAGAGGAAGACAGAGCAAAGUCUGUUAUGUCCGACUGUCUGUCCAUGAAGAGUGACUGGUCUAAAGGUCUUCAACCAGACUUCAGGAAAGAACCAGGACCCUCAGAGGAGGACAGAGCGAAGUCUGUUAUGUCCGACUGUCUGUCUAUGAAGAGUGACUGGUCUAAAGGUCUUCAACCAGACUUCAGGAAAGAACCAGGACCCUCAGAGGAGGACAGAGCGAAGUCUGUUAUGUCCGACUGUCUGUCUAUGAAGAGUGACUGGUCUAAAGGUCUUCAACCAGACUUCAGGAAAGAACCAGGACCCUCAGAGGAGGGCAGAGCAAAGUCUGUUAUGUCCGACUGUCUGUCUAUGAAGAGUGACUGGUCUAAAGGUCUUCAACCAGACUUCAGGAAAGAACCAGGACCCUCAGUUGGACAGUAAGAGAAAAACUUUUUAACCACCAAACUCCCAAACAGUAAUUUAUGAUGCUCUAAAUUCUGACCCCUCUGUUUUACACCAAAAAUGAUCUCCUCUGCUUUCCAAAUAGUAAUUUUCCUCUUCAACCUGUCAACCUGGAGAAAGGGUUGGCAAAGAAAAAGUCUCUGAGCACAUAUUUGCUUAUUAUUCAUAAUAUUUAUAAAAAUGAAGGGCGUAUAAAACAGCAUUUUAAAAGGAUUCUGAUCUCUGUAUUUUCUUAUUAAGUUCAUGUGUUUGAGAUGUUUUUAGUCUGUAAGUCUUUGGACUGUGGUGCAUAGACCCCAGAAAACAGUCUGUGGGUCACAAAAUACCAGGAGACCAAAGAAGAAAUAAAUCUUGAGAAAUAAAAACUGAUUCAAAGAAUCUGUUUGUUAUUCGACCUUUUGAUCUGAUUGGUCAAAAAAUGUUUUAAACUGUCAGAGAAAAAUCUCUCUACCUUCAAAACACAUAACUAAAAUCACAGUUCAGUUUUUCUCAUGUCACGACACUUUUAGGCAGCAGCAGGUUAAUAUUUUGCAGGAGAUUGUUUUAUGUUAGAGAAAAUAGUGUCAUCAGAAACUCUGGUUAAAUCAAUGCUUCUAAUUUUGUAUCUUUCAAAAAUUAAAUGAUAAUAUUCAAGAAAAUAAAUGUCCUUUAUUUCCUCAGAGAGACAUUGAGAUGUGACUCUAUGGAGGAGCAGCUGUCCAGAUAUCUCAGCUCUGAUAGAAGUAAGUCUGAACAUCUGUCCUUUAAAGUCUCUUUCUCUGAAAACACAGCUGAUUAUUUAUCACAAAGAAGUUUUUGUGUUGAGCAGUUUGGAUUAUAAUUUUUUUCUUCUCUUUCAGUAGAUCCCGGUCUGCAGGAGGUUUUAGAUGACCAUAAGAUCAGUCUGAAGAGGAGAUGUGAACAUGUGAAUGAAGGAAGUGAUGAAGCAGGAAGUAGUCAAACCCUCCUCAACAGGAUCUUCACUGAGCUCUACAUCACAGAGGGACUGAGUGAAGAGGUGAACACACAACCAUGA